AAAAUGCAUACAAACUUGAUUGCAAAAAAUAAAAUAAAAAACAAAAAAAAAGAACAUGGGAUACUUGUAGUUUUCUCAUACUUGUAUGCGGGCACUAAAAGCUGAUGAAGCUAUACUAACAGAGCUUUGCAAUAAUGUCUUUGACCAAAUAAAAAAGGUAGGAAGAGGUGUGAUACUGAAAAUAGAAAGGAUUAACAUAAUCGACCGUAGUCACACAUCAUUUUGCCACUACAAGAAUAGAAAUUGCCACAGAAGAACACAGACACACACAAAAGUAAAGGUGGAAAAAAUGCCCACACGCUAAUUCUCGCGAGUAUCUCCACUUUCUUGUUUUCUUUUGAGAAGAAAACCAUUUCAUUUGGUUAACUAUCAGUGACAAGGCGCGUGCGAAAUCUCAUAGUUGCAAACUUGCAAUUUUGGUCUCGUUCUGUUAUCUUCUUCUAAAGCCACUUUUCAUGUGGCGGUUUGUUGUUUGGUAUAUAAAAAAAGAUCAUCGACCUUGUUGACAUUCUAAGAAUAAAGCUUCUUUUUUUUUUGGGUUUUCUCUCAUAUUCUCUCCUCUGUUCUACAAAGAAAAUGAAGAAAAUGGUUGUUAUGAUGGGUGUUCAUGACGAGAGAUCAAAAAGGAGAAUCAUUGCCGCAGUUGCUAACUUCCAUGGGGUUACAUCGAUUGCCAUGGACUCAAAAGAUGGCAAACUGACGGUGAUAGGAGAUUUUGACAGCAGUAAGCUCCUCACCAAACUCGAAAAGGGAUGGACCAAUGCUGAAAUGGCCACAUUUGGACCUUACGAUCCCAAAAAAGAGGCCGAAACUGCUGCCGCUGCUGCCGAGAAGAAGAGGAUGGAAGAACGGGAACGUGAGAGGUUGGAGGUUUCCCGUGCAAACCACAGUUUCAAUGGUCCUACUCCUACGCAUCAUCAGAUCUGUUUAUGCAACCAUGACCCGUACAAUGGCUGCAUAAUCUCCUAAGAGUUUCAAGUGAAUAAAAGAGGCAUAUGGUAACUUUUAAUAUUCGUUGGAAGUGGACUUCAAACUAGUGUUUCCUCUGACGAGUAAUGAUGUUUUAGAUUCCAUCAUGGAUGUUUUUAUUUCACUAGUAUUAGUUUAGUUCUGUACAUAUAAAAAGACUUUGCAUUAUAA